GCCCCCCGCUGCGGCCGCCUGCUCUCGUCUACUUUCCAGGCGAGGCGCAGUUCAUCUCGAACGAGCCUAUUGUCACACUGAACAAGAUGGCGUCUGGUGGAAACGUGUGUUAGCAGAGUGUCUUUGUUGUGUUUUUAAAGUGUGAACAUGUCUAAAGUCCAAAUGCUGAGAUCGUUGGUGAAGCAGCGACUAACUGCGGCUGCUGAAGAGAUAUUUGGGCUGUUUGAAAGAACGAUAGCAGAGUACGAGGAGGAAUUUUGUCGAUCAAAAGAGGAGAACGAGCGACAACGGAAACUACUGGACGCUGUUUUCAACCCUCAGCUUCGGUUACACAGAGCAGACGUCCAGCAGCUGUUGGUGGUUAAAGAAGAGGUUCCCCCUGAGCAGCAGGAGUGGAGCUCCAGUGUGGACCAGGAGGACCCAGAGCCUCCACACAUUAAAGAGGAACAGGAGGAACUCUGGAUCAGUCAGGAGGGAGAGCAGCUUCAAGGGCUGGAGGAGGAUGAUAUCACCAAGUUCACAUCCACUCCUGUCCCUGUGAAGAGUGAAGAUGAUGAAGAGAAACCUCAGUCCUCACAGCUUCAUCAAAGACACACUGAACAGAUGGAAACAGAAGGAGAAGGAGAGGACUGUGGAGGAGCAGAACCAGCCAGGAACUCAGAUCCAGAUACACAUUUACAACCUGAGACUGAUGACAAGACUGGAGAGUCUUCUGAACCAGAGACUGAUGACAGUGAUGAUUGGACGGAGACCAGAGAACCUCAGUCAGGUUCAAAGUCUCUGAAAAAUGAUCAAGUCUCUGUCAGUGAUUUGGUUGUUGGUGAGAAACGAUUUAGCUGCUCUGAGUGUGGGAAAAGAUUUGGUCGUAGUGGAGUUCUAAAGGAGCACAUGAGAUCUCAUUCAGGAGAGAAACCAUUUAGCUACUUUGAAUGUGGGAAAACAUCCGGUUACAUACAAACUCUUAGGGGUAAAGGCCGUGGCAAAUCCUCUCAAUCUAAAAUGGCGGAGGAAGCUAGUGAGAUGACAGAUGAGAAUGCCAACCCCCAGCCAAUUCUUGAAGCCAUCAAAUAUUUAAAAAUUGACUUCUGCAGCAGAUUUGAUGGAGGAUUGACGGCAAUUGAAGGAAUGAGGAAAGAUGUCGGUGAAUGCUUGGAACGAGUUCAGGGCGCAGAGACUCGCAUCUCCGAGGCAGAGGACACUGUCAUUAGCCUAGUAGCAAAGGGCUCAUCGAGUCAGACCGAGAAAAGACCCGGCCGCACCUCCAAGAACUUUAAUUACAGAGACAAAGUGAUGGUCCUGAAGGAGCUUCGGAACAAAAAGGAGAUAUUCUACGAGGACAGAGCAAUACGGUUUUAUCCUGACCUGGCAGCCAGGAUGCAUAAGAAGCAUAAGGCUUUCGACUCCAUGAGACAGAAGCUUCGUAACAUGGGAAUAAGGAAAGGAAUACGAUGA